CCAACCCAAUUUUUUUUACUAUCCAUUUACCUUUUCAUGGUGGCUAUAAGAAUGGAUUUGUUCUUAAUCCCUAUGUCGUGGCGGAGUAAAGCCCACUUCUUCCUCGGCGUCGUCACCGCCAACAACGACCUCCUCUCCACUACCAAUUGCGACGGGCUCUCGCUUCCUUCCGCGUCAUCGUUGGCAGCGGCUCUUCUCACCACCACCAUCUUCCUGGAGCCGCUUCGGUGUUGUUUCCACGACUACUCCAACUUCUUUGCCAACUCAUCUUCCUCCUCUUCCUCUUUGCCCAGCUCCGCGAAUUUGCGUAGCAGCUCGUCCAAUGAUCUCUUAGUGACGUGCUGCACUGAAGCAGUGGCGGUUGCCACCAAUACAGGAUCGACAAUUGUGUCCAUUGUAGUAGGUGGCGAAUACAUAUAACUUAUUAGAUCAAUUCAGAGAGAGUGAGGGAGAGAUAAUGUGUGUGCUUGAGAAGAGAAACAAUGGAAGGGGAAGAAAUGGGAAUUAUAAGGGAGCAAAGGAAGGGAGUUUUCAGCAGUGGAGGGGAAGAGGACGAUGAUAGAUUGGUGGGAAAUGUAAUGUUCAUAUUUGAAUGAUUAUUUUAUUUUGGGGACUGUUGUAAUGUAUAGUAUAAGGAUGAGAAUAUAGGAGUUAGGGAGGGGUGCUGAAGGGGAGGAGCCUCUAAAACAUAAUAAGGACAAGUUGUUGGA